CACAGAUGAGAUUCCCAUCAUACCCAACUGCAUUUUUGUGCAGGUUGCAUAAUGUUUGGUAGAGUGUUACUUCUUUUUGUCUGCUUAAUAGUUGUGAGGACUCAUGUGGAGCAGUUCCCAGCGCUGGUGAGAGUUCAUCCUGGAGACUCUGUUAAUCUUACCUGCAACAUUUCUACUUUUGCUGUUUAUUGCCUUAACAUAGUAUGGUACUUCCAGAGGUAUGCAGAGCGUCCUCAGCAAAGACAUAGAGAGCAGGAAUCCUCAGAAUCUAGGGAACAACUGAAUAAGAUGUGUAUAUUAAAAAUUAGCAACCUAACAAUAACUGAUUCUGGAACAUAUUUUUGUUCAUUUUGCAUGUAUACAGCAAGUUAUUUUGGAAAUGGAACAAGGAUCAUUGUCUCAGGCAGAACUUUGACAAAACCUUCUAUAUUUAUUACUGGUCCUUCACAAGAGAUGAUUACUUUAAGACUUGAUGUGACACUUAUAUGUCUGGUAUAUGACCCUCCUGAAAGCAUGCAGAUUUAUUGGAAUGUCUCUGGAAAACAUUUGACUGGAGGAAUGAGUCCUGAAAUAAUUAGUGCUGAAGGUGACUACAGUAUUACUAAUGAUUUGACACUAUCCUAUGACACCUGGAUCAAGCAACCCUCCAUUCAGUGUGUGACUGGAGAAGAAAGUAAGACCUAUAACUAUACUAAAGACAAAUUGAACAUUUAUGACAGUAAGUUAAAAAUGAUAAAAAUUAACAAACUAAGAAGAGAUUUUGAUGACUUCAAGGCAGACCACCUCUUUGAAUGGCCAAGAACAGCAAGGAAUCAAGAUCAACCUAAAAUUAGCGAUACAAAAGAAAAUAGAAGAAAAGUGUCCCUAUCAGAAGUAACAUCUAGAAGACAACAUGUGCAAGCAGAAAUCCAUGCCCCACCAAGACAGAGGAGUGAUAAUAAAGAGGAAGGAGUAGUAACUGAGGCAGUAUAG